CGCCUUCUCGCCCACUAUCAGUCACGGUCCAAUUUUUUUCCCUUCCCACGGACUCCUUCCUUCCUGUUUCGUUCUCCGUCCCCCAUUAGCUAGCUCGAGGAGCUUUCGCUUCAGUGCGACAACAUUACGUCAUUUAACGAAUCGUUUGAUUUAUAUGUCGUUUUUUUUUAGCCACACAAAAACUCCUUAUCCCGUUUGAAGUCAACCUUUUUUUUUUCCUCACCGACUUUACGUCAUCUGAGAUGCUUUCUUUCUUUUAGGUUUUGACGAGAUCGGUGGCUGACAAAAGCCUGGCUGUCAGAUGUUGGACGCCACGGAGCCGAUGAAGCGUUUCCCCCCUCCGACCGACCGUUUGUGGUGAAAGUGGUCAAGUUUGACGGGGGAGGGUUAACGGUUAUUUUUGGAGCCUUUCGAGCUGGGAGGAAGGAGUCGGGGGCAAACGGAGGAGGUGGACGAGGACCCCCGCUGGAGAAGCACCAUCACCGGGUUGCCUGGAGGAGGACAAUACUACAGAGUGUGAUGGCAAACGAGCCGAUCAUCCUAAAUGUCUACGAUAUGUAUUGGAUCAACGAAUUUACCAGCACGCUCGGCAUCGGCGUCUUCCACUCAGGGAUCGAGAUCUACGGCCGAGAGUUUGCCUACGGGGGACACCCGUACCCCUUCUCAGGGAUCUUUGAAAUCACACCAGGUGAAGCCACCGAACUGGGCGACACUUUUAAAUUCAAACAAGCCAUCGUCCUGGGCACCACUGACUUCACCGAGGACGACGUGGAGCGCAUCAUGGAGGAAAUGGGCAAAGAGUACAAAGGCAACGCUUACCACCUCAUGCACAAGAACUGUAACCACUUCUCCUCGGCCUUGUCAGAGAUCCUGUGCGGCCGCGAGAUCCCGCGCUGGGUGAACCGUCUGGCCUACUUCAGCUCUUGUGUGCCCUUUCUACAGAGCUGCCUGCCCAAAGAGUGGCUGACGCCGGCCGCCCUGCAGUCCAGCGUCAGCCAGGAGCUGCACGCCAGCAGCGAGCCGGAGGAGGCCGAGGACGCCGCCGCCUCCGCCUCGUUGGCGGCCGUGGCGCCGUCCUCGUCGACCACCCGCCACCAGCCGCGGCGGUAGAAAACCGGGCCUGACCAUAAGACAUUUCACAAUGACGUCAUUUUUACUUCUGGGUGGCAGAAACUCUGAAAGCACCGCUAGUGUUGUUUACUUGAUGGCCUUUCAUGAUUUCAGUUCAGGUCAGGGCUAGGCAAUCAAUUUUCUGCCAACUGGAAGUAUCUGGGCUCCUGUUGUUUACAAACAUCAAAUGGUCUCUUUCUCGUUUUAAUCCUCACCAGCCACAUAAGGACUCGACCAUCUAGGUUGAAAGGUGCUUCUGCCUGUUUCAGGUAAUCCGAGCCAAACGUCCCCAUGUGGACUUUGUCGAUUUUCUUUUUUUCUUAAAGGACUGAACCUUCCACGGAUCCUUUUUUCCCAUCAUUUCAAGACCGAAGGAGAAUGACUUGUUUUAUAGUAGCAACAACCUGCCGUGGUGCCUUCGAGCUGGCUCGCCAGGAAGAGCAACCCAACUUCUUAUUUGAUUUUCUUUUUCUUCAAACACUGAGCACAGCGACACCUCCUGAGGUUUUAAUAACAUCUGAUUUUAGUUGUCAGACUUUAAAUGGAUGGGACUGCACAGCUUUUUCUUUUAUCGGAUUUUUCUACCUUUUCCUCUUUUUCAAUAUAAGCUCAGGACCCCGAAAAGGUUUUGGUCAUUAUUUUCCAACAAAAUCAGGUUUGUUGCUUUUUAGUGCAGUUGUCACUAUUCCCACACGGUGGCAGUAUUUUAUGAAAAUUAAAACAUGUAUAGCUUUUGCUGACA